AAUUGCAUGCUGACAUGACAGCAAUUGUUUCAAUGUUGAACAAGUGAACUCGGUGAUCUGAAUGCAUUUAGUUUCACCAUCCCAUGUCAAGUUGCGGCAAGAGAUGCCUAGUACUGUUGGAAAAGUGCAAGAACGUGAAUCACCUCAAGCAGGCCCAUGCCCAAGUAUUCACCACUGGCCUUGACACCAACACCUUUGCCCUAAGCAGGCUUUUGGCUUUCUGCUCCCACCCUUAUCAGGGAAGCCUCACCUAUGCAUGCAGAGUCUUUGAACGCAUUCACCACCCCACACUUUGCAUAUGCAACACCAUAAUCAAAACCUUCCUCCUCAAUGGAAACUUCUAUGGCACCUUUCACGUCUUCACCAAGAUGCUACACAAUGGUUUGGGCCCUGACAACUACACCAUCCCUUAUGUGUUGAAGGCUUGUGCAGCCCUUAGAGAUUGUUCUUUGGGGAAAAUGGUUCAUGGGUACAGUUCAAAAUUGGGUCUUGUGUUUGAUAUCUUUGUGGGCAAUAGUUUGAUGGCAAUGUAUUCUGUGUGUGGGGAUGUGAUUGCUGCAAGGCACGUGUUUGAUGAAAUGCCUAGGUUGAGUGCAGUGUCUUGGAGUGUGAUGAUCUCGGGGUAUGCCAAAGUGGGUGAUGUUGAUUCAGCUAGGUUGUUCUUUGAUGAAGCACCUGAGAAGGAUAGGGGAAUUUGGGGUGCCAUGAUUUCUGGGUAUGUACAAAACAGUUGCUUCAAGGAAGGACUCUAUUUGUUUCGUUUGUUGCAGUUGACUCAUGUGGUUCCUGAUGAGUCUAUAUUUGUGAGCAUUCUUUCUGCUUGUGCUCAUUUGGGGGCUUUGGAUAUUGGAAUCUGGAUACACAGAUACUUGAAUCGAAAAACGGUGUCGUUGAGCAUUCGUUUGAGUACUAGUUUGCUAGACAUGUAUGCUAAAUGUGGGAAUUUGGAGUUGGCUAAAAGAUUGUUUGACUCGAUGCCGGAGAGAGACAUCGUGUGUUGGAAUGCCAUGAUUUCUGGUUUGGCUAUGCAUGGAGAUGGAGCAAGUGCACUCAAAAUGUUUUCCGAAAUGGAAAAGACUGGGAUAAAGCCUGAUGAUAUAACAUUCAUAGCUGUUUUCACUGCUUGUAGUUAUUCAGGAAUGGCACAUGAAGGUUUGCAGUUGCUAGAUAAGAUGAGUAGUCUGUACGAAAUUGAGCCCAAGAGUGAACAUUAUGGUUGUCUAGUUGACUUGUUAAGCCGAGCCGGGCUUUUCGGAGAAGCAAUGGUUAUGAUAAGAAGGAUAACUUCUACCUCAUGGAAUGGCUCAGAAGAGACAUUGGCUUGGAGAGCAUUUCUGAGUGCAUGCUGCAACCAUGGACAAGCUCAACUAGCCGAACGAGCGGCCAAAAGACUCUUGCGGUUGGAGAAUCAUAGUGGGGUCUAUGUUUUGCUUUCAAAUUUGUAUGCAGCGUCUGGGAAACACAGUGAUGCCAGAAGGGUGAGGAAUAUGAUGAGAAACAAAGGGGUGGACAAGGCACCUGGUUGUAGCUCAGUGGAGAUUGAUGGGGUUGUGAGUGAGUUCAUUGCUGGUGAAGAAACGCAUCCACAAAUGGAGGAAAUACACUCAGUUUUGGAGAUAUUGCAUAUGCAGUUAGACUAGAAUCAUUAGAUUAUUCAGGGUUCAACCAGUUCCUUUUGCUGCUUCACUAAUUUGCAACAUCAAGUCCAGUCGUUUAACACAUUGGACUUGAAAUUUGAAAAAGAAAUACUCGUUAGACCAAAAAAGAAAUGAAGUAAUUUGUAAAAUUUGUAGAUUCAUUACCCUUGUGCCGUUUAAUUCAGUAUAAUAACCAUCUUUAGUCUUA